CUCUCCGUCCUAAUCUCCUACCUCCACUCUCUUUCUCUGCUGCAAAUAACAAAUUACUUACAAUAUUUAUAUACACACGUUGUUGAAGAGAGAGAGAGAGAGAGAGAGAGAGAAACUUUAGCUGCAUUGAAAAGCAUUGGCAAAGUUGCAGAUUUUCUCUUAUGGUUUUCUCUAAUCGAAGGGAAGGAAAACAAUGCCGGAGAAAGCUACGAGCUUUGCAUGGGUUUUCCGGCCGAAUCAGAUGAUUCAUUGGCUUUUCAAGGUACUUACACUUGUAGUUUUCCUUACAAUCUUGAUUGUUUGGAGCAUCGAUGGUUGGAAUUUUAGUAAGUUUCAUAAAGAUUUUCUUGUUAUCAACCUCAAUACCACCCAAAUUCACAGAGAUUUGAGCUCUGAAGAUCUUUCUCAUCAAUCCAAUUCAACCUUUCAAGAACACCAUGACAACUUUCCCAAGAAUUUCACUCACACCCACAAAAAUUUCACACAAACCCAACAAAUUUCAGGCUCUGGUGGUGAUCCUAUCCCACUCAAUUUGUCACAAGACCAGCUCAAUUUUGCUAGUAUUAGUCCCAAAAAAGUUGUAAAUUUGACCCACCCUCCUCCAACCCCUGGAAAUUUGGGUUGGAUUUCGGCUGAAUUUGAGGCACACUAUUCAUCAAAUCUUUUAGCCAAAUGGUUGGCUCCUGGUGGUGAGCCAUGUAGGGUCUCGGAGACAGUAAAUAUCACAGUUCCUGCUUUGGAUGGUCAUUACCAAAUUGAAUUAUCAACUGGGGAUAUCCAUGAAUUUGUUUUUCAAGCAGUGGAUGAUCAAGGAAACCCCCGUUGUUUGGGUGGUGAUUAUUUUGAAACUGAUCUCUCCGGUGAAUCUUGGAAGUCUCGGCCUCCGGUUAAAGAUUUAGGCAAUGGUACUUACACAGUUUCCCUCCAAGUCCACCAGGAUUUUCCUGGAAUUUACAAUCUCACUGUAAUCCUAUUGUUUAGACGCCACCAAGGGUUGAAAUUCUCACCUCUGAGAUUUGCAUUCGACAAAACUCUUCGUAUUGUGGCCAUCAAAUUCCACAAAUCAUCGUUCCUAUUACCGGAUAUAACUCAAUGCCAGAAGGCUGAUCUCACUAGGGAUGUUUGGUCUGGUCGAUGGACUCGACAUGCCAAGAAUGAUAACUGCUCGAUUAGCAAUGAUGGCCGAUACAGGUGCCUAAAACCAAACUUCCCCUGUCAACUUCCGUGGUGUAAUGGUUCUUUAGGGUUGCUAGAGAGUAAUGGAUGGACCUACUCAACACAUUGUUCCUUCAAACUAUUUGAUAGUGAAACGGCUUGGAAGUGUUUGAACAAUCGCUGGAUUUUUUGGUGGGGGGAUUCAAAUCAUUGUGAUACUAUUCGUAAUAUCCUUCACUUCAUCCUGAAUGUGCAUGAGAUCAAGAUGGUACCUAGGAGGUUUGAUAUGAACAUCACCAACCCGAAUAAUCCAUCCGAAAUGGUUCGAAUCACUAAUAUUUUCAAUGGCCAUCCAAAUGAUACUGGGAAUUAUCAGGGGUUGAAUUCAUUGAUAGACGAAGAUUAUAGAAAUUUGUUGAAAGGGUACUUUUCAGGAGAAGUUGUACCAGACACAGUGAUCAUGAAUUCGGGCUUGCAUGAUGGAGUUUUUUGGCAAAAUCUUAGGAGGUUUAUCAGUGGGGCGGAGUAUGCAGCAGCAUUUUGGGCGGAGGUGAUGGAGGGGGUGAGGCAGAGGGGGUUGGUGGCACCGGAAAUUAUAUAUCGGACCACAGUAACAACGGGUGGUUAUGCAAGAAGAUUAGCAUAUAAUCCUUCCAAGAUGGAGGCGUUUAAUGGUGUGGUCUUGGACAAGUUUAGGAAAUUUGGGUUGCUCUCUAGAGUUAUUGAUGGUUUUGACAUGACAUAUCCAUGGCACUACGAUAACCGGUGCAAUGACGGCGUGCACUACGGUCGUGCACCGGCGAAGAUGAGGUGGAGGGACGGUGAGAUCGGGCACCAGUACUUUGUGGACCUCAUGUUGUGCCACGUUCUUCUCAAUGCGCUCUGUGCAAGGUAG